CUCUGAGUGUCAACACACCUCACAUCUGUGAAAUAAACCUGCUUCCUCAUUUCAUCUAAAGUUUCAGUCGCUAUCUGAAGUCCUUUGUCGGUUUUUCAAAAGUGAGCUCUGUUCUUUGCGCUAUGGGGAAAAUAGAGUGGGCGAUGUGGGCCAACGAGCAAGCCCUGGCCUCCGGACUGAUUCUCCUCACCGGUGGGAUCGUGGGGGUGGCGGGACAGUUCAGAGGCUGGGAGUUUGCAGCCUAUGCUGUUGCUGCUGGAGCCUUUGUGUGUCUCCUUGAGUAUCCAAGAGGCAAGAGGUCCAAGGGCACUAGUGUGGGGCGGACGGGCCAAUACUGCUUCACUAUUUGUGUUAAAUCCUUUGGACCACUAACCAGAAAUUACUAUGUUAGAGCUUUUCUACAUGCAGCGUUGUGUGUUCCUGGAGGGUUUAUGCUUGCUACUGUGCUUGGGUGUGUCUGCCUCGCAAUUGCAAGUCUCAUAUACUUGAGCGCCGCUAUACGAGGUGAACAGUGGGAGCCCAUUCUUCCACGACAACAGUCUCCGAAACCCACAGCAGAGAGCAUAAAAAGUCCCCCGUCCAACCCCCCGCCCCGCCCUCCCCCGGACACACGGAGGAAAAGAGUGGACGACUUGGAGGCUGCAGCCUACGACAACCCUCUCCCUGUUACUGCCAAUGAGUAACAACAUCAUCACAUCUUACUGGAGUCAAGUGAAUGUUACGUUUUAUAUUUACAUCAAUGGAUUGCUGCCAGUAUCUAUGUUUGUAUAGAGGUUUUAGAAAUACGUAGCAAACUGAUGUUGAUGGCAUCAAUGACAAUAAUUUUACAGCCAUUAGAUUUGGUCUUAUCAGCUGAAAUGUCUGUGUGAGUAUAUAUUGUACUAUAUCGUCGCUAUAAAUUGUCUUUUAUUGUGUUUUUACUGAUUUUAAUGUAAUUUUUAUUUUUAGUCUACUUCUUCUUUCACGUCACUUAUUUCAUCAGAUUAGAAUCUCCCUUUUCAGUCUGAAGCAAAAUACACCAACUGUUACAGGAGAAAUCUUGACGUAUUUUGAUCAAAGAGAUAUGUAGUGUUCUGUGAGAACAAUGCAGUUUAAUUUGCACCUUUAUUCUUUGGCCACAGUUGACCUGUGAAGUAUUUCAAAACAGUGUGUGGCAACAUAGGCCUACUUCCUCAUAUUAGACAUUGCAGGUAAUAUUUUAACGCAACAUUUAAUACUCAAGAAAUAUACUAAAGGAAGUUGUCCUUAAAACAUAUAUUACUGAUCAAUAAAAGGUAAAACUAC